AUGGCUCUCCAAGACCUGAUUACCGUGUGUGCAGGGCUAUUGCUGCUAAAGAGUUUUGUUUCCUUUGUCUUCCGCUAUCGUAGGCAUCAAGUCCUCAUCCGACAGCAUGGCUGUCUUCCGCCACCUAAGGCGAAGCUCAAGGAUCCCAUAUUUGGCAUCGACGUGAUUAUAUCCAACGGGCGAGCAGCCCGGGAGCACCGCAGCCUGCAGACGUUCGAAGAGCGCUUUUACUCCAUCGGGGCAACCUACAGCACGAAGCAUGGGUUCCCUCUCAUCAUCACCAUGGAGCCCGAGAACGUCCGCGCCGUCGUCAGCCAGAACUUCAACGACUAUGCCCUCGCCCCGUUCCGUCAGCCAGCGCUCAAGCACUUCUUAGGCGACGGCAUCUUCACGACUGACGGAGAAAAGUGGCACUCGUCCCGGGCGUUGCUCCGGCCAAAUUUCAACCGCGACCAGAUUGCCGACCUGGAAGCUAUCGAGACUCAUGUCCAGGAUCUAUUUGCCCUGCUUCCCGCAGAUGGCAUCACACCUGUGGACCUAAAGGACCUCCUGCUACGCUUCACCAUGGACUCGGCGACCGAGUUUCUGUUUGGCCAGAGCGUCCAUAGCCUCCGGCGCAACGGCAAUCGUGACGGGGACAGUCUCGAGGCGCAGUUCGAGAUGGCCUUUACCGCUGCCCAGGCGGAGUGCAUGAAGUUCAUCGGAAUGGGCCCGCUAGCCAGGUUCGCGCGAGUUAAGUCGCAGAAGCAGGUCGAGAUUGUGCACCGAUACAUUGACACGUUUGUCGACAAGGCCAUUGCUUUUCGGAAAGAGUACGAUGAAACGGGAGACAGUGGGCCCGUCGGCAAAGAAAAGCCCAAGUACUUGUUCCUGCAGGAGCUAGCAAAGCAUACCACGGACAGGGCGCGGCUACGAUCCGAGCUUCUAAAUAUAUUGAUGGCUGGGAGGGACACCACGGCCAGUCUUUUAGGAAACCUCUUCUUCAUGAUCUCCAAGAGUCCUGAAAUCAUGGGCAGGCUCCGGCAAGAAGUUGACAACCUCAACGGCGCCAGGCCCUCUUAUUCUUCACUGAGAAAUAUGACAUAUUUGAAAUAUUGCCUUCGUGAAUCCCUACGGCUCCACCCCGUCGCUCCUGUCAAUACACGCAUCGCAGUGACUGACACUGUCCUGCCACGUGGUGGCGGACCCGACGGAAGCAAGCCUGUUUUAGUAUCCAAGGGGACUGCUGUUGGAUGGUCCGUGUAUGCCAUGCACCGGCGCAAGGAUCUCUAUGGUCCCGAUGCGGACCAGUUUUGCCCCGAACGCUGGGAGACACUGAUCACGAGAUCCGAGUAUCUUCCCUUCAACGGAGGGCCACGCAUUUGCCUGGGCCAGCAGUACGCCCUGACAGAGGCCUCGUAUGUCGCGGUCAGAAUUCUGCAGGAGUAUGAUAUGGAGAGUAGAGACCCUGGAGAAUGGGAAGAGGAAUUGGCCAUCACCGCUUGCAACAGACGUGGAUGCCUAGUUGCUCUAAAGGCCAGGGGUGGAUAG